AUGGCCCGAAAGCGCAAGAGCGCCGCUAGCACUGCUGACUUGUGCCUGCGGGAUCUCAACGAGAUCCCAUACAUCGCUUGGAUGAACAAGCAGCUCGCGGCCGGCCGCAAGCCCGCCAGCCCCCUGCCCAAUGGUGCGCCCGGUGCGGGAGACACCUCGUUCGAAGCCCCGCGUGACGUGCCUACCCGCGGACGCCCUCAUGCCGACCGGGUUGCAUCAUCCCGCGUCGUGGACGACGAGGCCUUCGACGACGAUCCUGAUUUCAAUGAUUGCGACGAGGCGUACGACGACGACGCGGACUCUGGCGAGGAGCCGGACAAGGGCAUGUCCCCCUCCGAGGACAAAGACGACGGCGACGAGGACGCUGAAGACGACGAGGACGUUCCCGAGGAGGCACAACCCACUACCCCGCCUACCCGUCGCGGCCGUGCGUCUACUGCGGCCGGAACCAAGACUGCCGCAAAGGGCGGAGAGCCUCCUCGUGGCGCGUCGAAGACGCGCAACCUGAACCCUGUCAGGUGGAGCGUGUGGUCUACCCGCGAGAGCACCAUUUUCGUCGCAGCUCGUUGGUUCAUGAAGGACGAGCUGGGCGCUCUCCUCGGCAAGCAGGGAUCCCAGUACUGGGCCCGCCUCGUGCGUCAUUUCGAGCAGGAGAACCCCGGGUGGGUCCGCGGCGUGAACGCACUACAGAAGCAGUGGCGCAACCUCGUUAACGUGUACAAGCAGAUCAAGAAGGGGGAGAAGGCGAGUGGCAAGGGGGCGGUGUGCAAGCCUCCAUGGUACCCGUACAUGGCGCUAUUCCAGAACAACAAGGCUGUUGGUAACCCACACGCUGUCGACGGUGGUGGCGCGGCUCACGUCAACGUGCCGGUAGGGAAGAAAUGUGACGUAAUAUCACACACUAGUCAGCUACUGAUGCAACUCUACGUGGCUCACGUAUGCAGCACCAACGCCGCAGGGGACGCCUACGUCGAAGCGCCCACUGGUGGUGGAGACCGCAACGGUGGCCGCCGCCAAGCUGGUGUGUGA